AUGCCACCAGAGCCCCUGUUGCCCAUCCGCAAAGAUUGGGUGGCCUUCGGCACCAAGCUCUUUGCAGGUGCCAAGAUAGACCUCAGCACCUUGGCACAGCAGCUGGACGUGACUACACGGAACCUCAGUGCUCACCAGAGAGAUGAAGAGAAGAAGGCACCUUUGAACAAGAAGGAAAGAAUGAAGCUGAGACGGGAGAAUUGGCUGCACAAGAUUGAGGCUAUCAAGCAGGCCGAGAAGAAGCGCUCAGAGGAACAGCGACGGAGGGCCACCGAAGUGGUGGGAGAUCUGCGCCCACUGCUGGAGGCCCUGCCCACUCUGGCGGAGCUAGAGCGCCCCAGUGGCCAGAGGCAGCCCAAGAGGCCGAGCCGCAAGCCCAGGCCCACGGAGCUCAGGCAGAUGAGCGGCAACCAGAGGAUUCAGUUCCUCAUGGAAGAAAGCGCCCGGUUCAAGGCCCUGCUGUCCAGCCCCGCCUACCGAGCCAAUCCCCUGGAGGUCAUCGGGCAGCGACUCCCCCGCCAGCUCUCUGUGGACGGCAUUCUCGCCUUCCAGUCCUGAUGGCUCAGAGCCCUGCUGGUGCAGUGCGCCAGGGGCCUCCUGUGCUUGGUGUCUUUCCUGUAGCUGGGGACGAUUUUCUUUUGCUAGGCGUUAGGGAGGAGCAUGGUGAGUGUGAGAAACAUGGAAUAAAGUGCUUUGGGCUGAACUGCA